UGACGCGGCGGCGCGUGGGCGUGUCCAGCCGAGCCCACUGCUGCUAGCUCCACUAACGUUAGCGCGCUUCUGUUCAGAUUUCCGCCCGAACCGAACUGUGUCGAUGCUUUCCUCCCCGUGUUUCCGUCUGGACUGAUUCGCGGAAGGUUCGUAAAGCUCUGGUCCGAUGGAUGUCCGGUGACGCGCCCGUCGCAGCGCAGCGCUGUAUUAACCGCCCGUGAGCCCGUGAAGCACGUUCAUCGGUGGUCCGGCGAAGCUCUCGCGGAAGCAUUGAUGUUGUCGACAGUGAGCCCUGACCCGAGUGCCGAGAGCGCGGGCCGAGCGCACCGUAAGCCCAGCGAGGGUCAGCCGGAGCGCAGCAGCAUGGAGGUGGGCAUGAGGGUGGUGCGCGGUCUGGACUGGAAGUGGGGGAACCAGGAUGAAGGAGAGGGGCACGUGGGCACGGUGGUGGAGAUCGGCCGGCAGGGCAGCACAACUACACCCGACAGGACUGUGGUGGUGCAGUGGGACAGCGGCACUCGCACUAACUACCGCACGGGAUACCAGAGCGCCUACGACCUGCUGCUGUACGACAACGCUCAGAUCGGUGUCCGACACUCAAACAUCAUCUGUGACAGCUGUAAGAAGCACGGCAUCAUGGGAAUGCGCUGGAAGUGUAAGGUGUGUUUCGACUAUGACCUGUGCACUCAGUGCUACAUGAACAACAAGCACGAGCUGACGCACGCCUUCGAGCGCUACGAGACGGCACAUUCACACCCAGUGGUCUUGACGCCGAGACAGAACCUGUCCAGAAUCAUCCUGAGAGGAAUCUUCCAGGGGGUGAAGGUGGUCCGGGGACCCGACUGGGACUGGGGAAACCAAGACGGAGGUGAGGGGAAGGUGGGGAAGGUGGUGGAUAUUCGUGGAUGGGAUCAGGAAUCAGGUCGAAGCGUGGCUAGUGUCACCUGGUCCAGUGGAACCACAAACGUCUACAGAAUGGGCCACAAGGGCAAGGUGGAUCUCAAAUACGUGUCUGAUGUGCAGGGAGGAUACUACUACAAGGAACAUCUGCCCAAAUUAGGCGAGCACGCGGAGCUGCAGCGGCAGGACAGUGCAGACACUCACUCGUUCCAGCAGGGUGAUAAGGUCAAGUGUCUUCUGGAGGUGGAGAUCCUCAGACAGAUGCAGGAGGGGCACGGCGGCUGGAACCCAAAAAUGGCAGAGUACAUCUCUAGGAUCGGCAGCGUGCACAGGAUCACGGACCGCGGGGACGUGCGCGUCCAGUACAGCAACAACAUCCGCUGGACCUUCCACCCCGGAGCACUGACCAAGGUGAACACGUUUGCCGUGGGGGAGCUGGUGAAGGUGCUGGACGAUAUUGACAGUGUGAAGAGACUCCAGGUGGGCCAUGGAGAGUGGACAGACAGCAUGGCUCCAGCUCUGGGUCAGGUCGGGAAGGUUCUGAAGGUGUAUGCAGACGGUGACCUGCGCGUGGCGUUUGGAGGUCAGACGUGGACCUUUAACCCCUCGUGUCUCUCUGCCAAGCGUGGAGAGGUCGACGCCAAUCUGAUGACCUCGGAGAACUGCAACGAAUCAGGAAGUACGGUGAUUUCAGUCCUGGAGAAGCUUCUCUCUCAGUCCACGGAGCAGGAUCAUCCGGGCCGGCUGGUUAUCGAGGCGGCUCAUGGGAACGCUGUUAAAGUGCGUGAACUGGUGCAAAAAUACCCUGAGAAGGUGGAUAUUAAGAACCAGGGGAAGACGGCUCUGCAGGUGGCUGCUCAUCAGGGGCAUGUGGAGGUGGUGAAGGCUCUUCUUCAGGCUAACAGCAGUAUUGAAGCUAAAGAUGAAGAUGGAGACGCUGUUCUACAUUACACAGCAUUCGGGAAUCAGGCAGAGAUCGCACGUUUGCUGCUCAGUAAAGGAGCCAGUGUGAACCUGCUGAAUAACUCCAUGUGUACGCCGCUGCACAUCGCUGUCAAUAAAGGCUUCACGGAUGUGGUGAGAGUGUUGACGGAGCACUCGGCAGACAUCAACCUGCAGGAUUCGUAUGGAGAUACACCCUUACACGACGCCAUCGCUAAAGACUUCAGGAGCAUCAUUGAGAUUCUGGCUGUGGUGCCCAGCAUUGAUUUCACACAGCAGAACAACCGCGGCUUCAACCUGCUGCAGCACGCCGCUCUGAAGGGCAACAAACUAGCGACGGAGAUGAUCUUGGCUCGAGCGCGCCAGCUGGCUGACGUUAAGAAGGAAGACGGUUUCUCUGCUCUGCAUCUGGCCGCCUUGAACAACCACCGGGAUGUAGCUGAGAUCCUCCUCAAAGAGGGUCGUUGUGAUGUCAACAUUCGCAACAAUCGCAAUCAGACGCCGCUGCAGCUGGCCGUGACUCAGGGUCACGUGGCUCUCGUGGCCCUGCUGGUGACGGAGGGGGCAGAUGUCAAUGCAGAGGAUGAGGAUGGAGACACAGCCAUGCACACGGCCCUCAGCCGCCAGCAGCUGGCCUCCGUCAUGAGCAGCGGCGAGGGAGAAGGAGCGGUGCUCUACAGCAGGUUGUGUAGCUCAGGGCUGAUGGGAAACACAGAGCUGAACGUAGGAGCUGCUAUCGCUUGCUUCUUGGCACAGGAAGGGGCUGAUAUCAGUUAUGCCAACCAUAAAGGUAAAAGCCCACUGGACCUGGUUACAGACAGCAGCGUGCAAACACUCAUCAGGAGCUUCGCAGAAAAACACAGGCUUCAAGCGGUCACGUGUGGCACAGGCAGCAGCAGCACCAGUCUCAGGCGGGUACACACUACGCCCAACACCAUGACCAACCUGGCCAUGCCCAGCGUGACGGGCCCGAGCGAGUGCCUGAUCUGCUCCGAGCUCGCCCUGCUGGUGCUGUUCUCUCCGUGUCAACACAGCGUGGCCUGCGAGGAAUGUGCUCACAGAAUGAAGAAGUGUAUCCGGUGCCAGGUGACAAUAACAAAGAAAAUUCGGCAAGCAGACCAGACGGAGGUGGAGUGCAGCCCCAGCUCAGAGAACUCAGAGAAGCACAACCUGCUGGAGCAGCUGCAGUCCCGCUACAGACAGAUGGAGGAGCGCAUCACCUGCCCCAUCUGCAUCGACAACCACAUCAAGCUGGUGUUCCAGUGUGGACACGCCUCCUGCAUCGACUGCAGCGCCGCGCUCAAGACCUGCCCCAUCUGCAGACAGACCAUCCGCGAGAGGAUCCAGCUGUUCGUCUGAUCACAGCGCUCGACUGUUUGUGCUUCAUGGUCCGUCCUGUCCUGAGCUCAUCAUCUAGCUGUGAAGCAGGAGCGUGCCGCACCGGAGGAUGUGAUCGACGGCCAACCGAUGACAUCAGCAGGGUUUUCAGCCAUUUAGGACGUGUACGACCGGCUGAACAUCAGCAGCUGAAGAGUCAGUCAGACAUCAGAUGUUCUUCAUGCUGCUGAAGAGCUCGAUUAUAACGAACCGUAACACAAACCCAGCAUGCAGUGUGACAGAGCAGGAAGACUCUCCAAACACGUCAGGACCUGCACCUUAUGUUCCACUAAAAUCCAAAGGGAGAAAUCAUGUGUGCAAUUUUAUUUUGUGACAUUUACCCUUCAGUUCUCAUUGCUGUAAUGCUCAAAAUAUGAAGUGUGUGUGCAUCUUGGUAGUACAGUAUUGGUUUUACUCUAGCUUUAAUUUAUGCCAAUAGAAACAUUUUUACAGUGAAUGUAAUGAUCAUAAAAAAGGCGUGAUGUCAAAUGUGAUUUGUUCUUUAUGUUCAUGUGAUUUUGGGGUGAAAUAAGACCUGGUUUCCGUGAGAUCCCACCAGACACGGUGAUCCAGAGCCUUAACUCUUCAGAUGCUUCAUUCUGAGCCGAGUGUGACGCACAUUAACCUGCAGUCGUGUGUUUUUUACCAGCCAUGUUGUUCGUCAGAGGAGAUGUACAGAUGCCUGUACCGUACCACUCACAGAUCUACAACUUUCACAAGCUUUCCGCAAGCAGGAGAUAUACAUAAUGCAUGCUGGUGAGCGUAUUAUCUAUGUCAUAUAUUGUGUCACGAAUACCAUUUGUAGUGUUAUAAGUCUGUGUCUGUGCGAGUGUCCGACGGAAAGACUCUUAAGAGCAUAACAGUAGAUUGAUUUGUGUCCGCAGUGGUGCUGAAUGCUUCCUAAUCCUAGGAGUUCUGUAGUUUUCUCAGGUUCAUGCAAGUCAGUAACCCACUGUAUAUUACCAUUGUUAGUUGAAAUAUUUAACUCCAAAUUAGGCCUGUAAGUACUUCAGCAUCAGUUCAUAUUCCCUCCUAGCGUCUAAGUGUCCAUGGAGUGUUUUUGUUCCAGAAGGGCUUUACUGUGUGCAUUUAUGGAGUUAAUUCUAUUUUAUUGUACGUGUCAUUCUGUGAUGGGCUUUUUUAUAGCUCCCUCUUUUGGGAUAGCCAACACAAACAUGUGGAUUUGAAUGUCUCGCUGUACACCAACCGCUGCAGAGGUUUUAGUGCCAAAUUUUGUUAGCGUGUGUAAGAGAGCAUCGUGUCCGUGUGAAGCCUUUAUAAUGUAUUGAUUUAACUCAUCUGCCCUCGUUACAGUGCUGGACGUUGUAUAGUUUGUUGAACAUAUUUCUUUCGUUUUUUUCAGUUAAGAGAACAGUGGUUUAACAGGACAGUGUGUUGUCUAGUUUAUUUAAGCUAAUCUGCUAACAGCUCACAAAUACAACAACUGUCCGGAAGCCAUCAGUCUGACUUUUAAUUCACUGCACUUGCUGUUUCAUACAUUAUUCAUGUUUAAUAUACAGAGUAUCCAGAAGUUUGUGAUAUGAUGUGUAUGGCAAAAGAUCUUGUAAACUUUGCCAUCAUGCUUCAUUCAUUGUGAGGUUCCCACUGGCUUUUAGAAUCAGAAGCGGCUCCAUUUCUCCAGUAGUUUCAGAGUUAACUUGACUUCACUAUUGGAGAGAUGGAGCCAGUGAAUUUCAAGAGGAAUACAUAAUUCAAUCGCGGAAUUCUUUUGUUGUAGUUAUUUGAUGCAGAAUAUCUAGAGUUCAUCAAGAACUGGUCAUUUGUUUUGACGGUUUUAAUAAUAUUGUUUGUGCUGUACAUAAUCAUCAUUCAAAAGAAAUACAAAUAUAUGUGAGUUGUCAGCAGGUAAGGACAAAAACAUAAUAAUGAACUACAGAAAUCAAUGUUUUGCUGAGUUCUACUUCAAAAGAAAGGAAAAGGGAAAUGUUUAUACAGUUCAUUAUGUGGAGUUCUGAUGUUGGCCUUACUGUCCAUUUCCUAUAUUUAUUUUUUUGUUUUGUUUAGUUUUUUCAAGUUUUACUCUGUAAAAAAUAUUUUGCAGUAAAUAUUGAACUGUUUUAUAAGCACAUAUUUAUGGUUUCAUUUCUUGCUUGUAGUCCAAUCUAAGGAUUUUACCAAUGAAUAAAACUGACAAUGAAUUUGG